UUAUUUGUAUUCAGUAAAACAUUUUGUCAGCAUAAGUAGUUCUAUCUUUUCUCUAAUACUCAGAUGUGUGACCUCGAGUCUUGUGCAGCGCAUCUCUUUCCUGUUUCAUCUUUUUCUCUCCUCCCCCCCUGCACACAAACCUUUUCACUAUAAAUACUGAUGCACCUACAUGUUGGUUUAACACGCCAGACACAUUUGACAAAGAGAUGACAGAAAUAAAAAGCUGGGCGUUUUGGAGGGCGGUGGCUGCAGAAUUUGUUGGGAUGUUACUGUUCAUAUUCAUUGGUAUAUCUGCUAUCGCUGGAAAAAAUGAGAUUGCCCCGCAAGAAACGCUCGCUCAGGAGCUUAAGGUUUCAUUGGCCUUUGCGUUGGCCAUUGCCACAUUGGCUCAGAGUUUGGGGCACAUCAGUGGAGCACACUUGAACCCUGCAGUCACUUUGGGCCUACUAGUCAGCUGCCAAAUCAGUGCCCUCAGGUGUGUUUUCUACAUCUUGGCUCAGAUGCUUGGGGCAGUUGUAGCUAGUGCUAUUGUGAAUGGAUUCAAGCCAUCUUUUUCUCUUGGUGUUAAUAAGCUAUCCAAUGUGAGUGUCGGACAAGGCUUCAUCAUAGAGUUCCUUGCUACCCUUCAGCUGGUUCUGUGUGUGAUAGCAGUGACUGAUAAGCGACGGAGUGAUGUUAAAGGAUCUGCACCGCUGGCUAUUGGGCUGUCAGUGGGGCUUGGGCACUUUGCAGCUAUAAGCUUCACUGGAUGUGGUAUCAAUCCCGCUCGCUCCUUCGGUCCAGCCUUGAUACGUAGUGACAUGAAGGACCACUGGGUGUACUGGCUGGGGCCCAUGUGUGGCGGCGUAGCAGCAGCUCUUAUCUAUGAUUUCCUUCUGUAUCCACGAAUGCAAAACUUGCGUAGGCGCAGGGAUGUCCUGCUUCAUGGUCAAGCAGAUGAAAAUGACGCAAGUGAAACAGUUCAAGAAGACAAUAGCAACCCAGGGCCAAGUCACUGGCCAAAACACUGAACAACAUGCAACAUUUUCGCAUAUCUGUAAACAACACAUGAUUUUAUAUAUAAGCUUUAAAUAUGGCUGUUGUUUAUAUCUUUGCUUUUAGUGUUUUUUAGUUGCUUUUGACAUGUUUUUUUUUUUUAACCAGUGGUUAUGAUAAAGAUUCUUUUUCAU